AUGAUGGCCUUUGAUCCCAUCCCACCGCCGCGCAAGUUCAGCGGCGGCUGGACUAUCGAGGACGCUCUCGCCAAGACGGGAUUCCACGCCACGACCUCGCCCGUCUCGUUCUUUUCCCUCGCAGGCCGCCUCAAGAAGCUGCAACGCCAGGGCUGGAAACGCUUCGGCAUCGACCCCGAGUCAGUCGCUGAUCAUUCACACCGCAUGACUUUCAUGGCGCUCCUGGCGCCGCAGAGCCUCGACCAGGCCAAGGUCGUCAAGAUGUGCCUCGUGCACGACCUCGCCGAGACGGUCGUGGGCGACAUAACGCCGGCCGACGGCGUCUCGCGCGAGGAGAAGACGCACCGCGAAGAGGCGGCCAUGCACUGGAUGACGACGCACUGGGGCGACUUUGGCCGCGAGGUCCACCACCUCUGGAUCGAGUUUGAGGCCGGCCUGACGCCCGAGGGCGAGUUUGCCCAGGACCUCGACAAGCUCGAGAUGAUGCUGCAGGCCCUCGAGUACGAGCGCGACGCCGACCUCGCCGUUGACCUCGGCGAGUUCUUUGCCGUCGCCGGGCGCAUACGGACGCCGCGGGCGCAGGCGUGGACGGCUGAGGUCCUGCGCGACAGAGAGCUGCUGUGGGCUGGAAAAGAGCACGUUCGCGGCGAUCUGGGCGUCGAAGGUGGUCUGCUGCAGAAAAAGCAGGAAGAGCAGGAUCUGUACUACAACCAGUGA